AUGGAAGAAGAAUAUCAGAAUCAGAAAAAGAAAUUUGUGUGCAAGUUUUGCAACAAAAGGUUCCCUUGUGGGAAGUCCUUGGGUGGUCACAUCAGGACCCAUUUGAAUAAGAAACCAACUCUGGAGAAAGAGGAAGAUGAUGAUGAAAUAGCUAAAGCUAGGAUAGUGAAGUUUUCACCUUCAGAUGCUGUGGGAAAGAGCAAAGGAGAUUCAGGGUCUGAAGCUGGUGGGCAUUCUGGUUACUCUCUCAGAGAGAAUCCCAAGAAAACUUGGAGGUUUGUGGAUUCAGGCCCUACUUUACACUUGCAGCAGGGAAAGGUGUGCAAAGAAUGUGGUAAGGGGUUUCAGUCAUUGAAGGCUCUGUGUGGUCAUAUGGCUUGUCACUCGGAGAAGGAGAAGCUGAUUAACAAGCUUGAAGAAACCUCAGACACUAGUGAGAAGCAGAAACUAGUAAUGGAUAGUCAGUCAGAUACAGAGACGUCAGCUCCAAGGCUGAGAAGGAUCUCCAAAAGAAUGAAGUACCAGAAUCUUGAUGUUUACUCUUCUAUGGCAAAUGGUUCUUCAUCUGGUUCUGGGGUCGAGCAAGAACAACAAGAGGUGGCUAUUAGUUUGAUGAUGUUGUCUCGGGAUUCUGGUCACAAAGGGGGUUUGAAUUCAUUUGCUGAGUCUUCAGAUAACAACUCUGUGGUUCUAGAGACUAAAUCAUCAUCUAUUGAUAUGAGAAUUAGUACUGAGCAGGGUCUCAAUUGUGCCUCGAAAGUGAAUAAUAUUAUGGGCAUGAAGAGAGCAAGAGACGAAAAGUUGAAAUCUGAGAUCACUGUUUCUGACAAUUCUGAUUCUGGGUAUUUCAGACGUGAACCAAAGAAGGUUGAAUCAGAUGUUUCUGUUGAUGGGUUUAUUAGGAAUGGUGAAUUUCACAAGGUUAGAGCAGAAUUUGGAUCUAAAUUUGAGGGAUAUGAAUCCUAUGAUGUUAAGUUAAGAAGGGGUUUUCAUAUGAAAUCUGAAAUGGGGAAGGAUCUUUUGUCAAGGGAAGAAGCUCAUCCUGAUCAAGUGCAUAGAGGAGGGUCUUUAAAGUAUGCAUUAAGAAAGACAACCAAGAAUGGUUUUCACAGACCAUUUACUAAUGGUUCUACCAAUGUUGAAGUCUGCAGAAACGCUCGAAAGAGCAACAAAUAUGAGUGCUUGACUUGUAAGAAGACCUUCCACUCGCAUAGGGCCCUUGGAGGACACAGAGCCAGCCAUACAAAGACCAAUGGCUACUCUGAGUCCAUGUAUGAGAGUGGGGAAAACAGCAUAGACACUGAUGUUUCUCCUGUUCCAACACCUGAGAGUAAGCUUGUUGAGCCUUGCAGUGGCAAAAGACCAAUUGAUGAAAACGUAUUAUCUGGCAGUGCAAAGAGAAAUUCAGGUUCAAAGAAAAGCAAGGGACAUGAGUGCCCAUUCUGCUUCAAGGUUUUCAGGUCAGGCCAAGCUUUAGGUGGUCACAAGAGGUCCCAUUUUGUUGGAGGCUGUGAAGUCAAAACUGUGGUACUUGGGCAAGAACCUGAAGUCCCUCAUGAGGCUGAAAUCACUGCUCUAUUUGAUCUUAACCUUCCAGCUCCUAUGGAGGAAGAAGCAAAUGGGCAAUUUGGGUUCAUGACAUGGUAG